CUUUGGUGCUCGACAUGCAGCUACCAGCGUUGUUGGACCUCUCGGUGUAACCCCAGCACUGCUCGGAUCGUGACCUGGGUACUUUCUAGGACAUACGCCAGGGAUGACAAUGCGCGUACCCGGCUCCUCAAGGCAGCCACAUACGUGUGUGCUGCGCGCACAUUCGCUUCGGCCGGUGGAGAGGCAGGUGCAAUGGCAGGUUUCUUUGUGCCUUGGGUAGUGCGUGGGGCGGGUUAAUAAAUGGGCACAAUGGACGCGUCCUGCGCGUACCCAGCAUCGUCAGACUUACUCCGUCUUUGAGACUCAGUUGCCGUACAUCGACCUCAAUGCGCUCCUGGACUGCUGCCCUCAUCGCGGGUGCGCCAUUGGCGUCCGCCUUGUUCAUCAAUGGCAGCGUAAUCGCGCCCUGCGACUCGCCCAUCUACUGCUAUGGCGACUUGCUUCGCGAAGUCGAGCUUGCAAGGCCGUUUGAGGAUUCGAAGACGUUCGUGGAUCUACCAACAACACGGCCACUGAACGAGGUCCUUGCAGCCUUCGCAAACCUCUCGCGACCCAUUGAGAACAAUACCGCGCUCAACAACUUCCUCUCUACCUACUUUGGCAAAGCUGGCUCCGAGCUGGAAGAAGUGCCUGCAGAAGAGCUCAAAACCCAGCCUGACUUCCUCGAAAACGUCAACAGCUCCGUUGUCGAAGACUUCACCCGCCAAGUCAUCGAUAUCUGGCCCGACCUCACACGCCGCUAUGUCGGAGCUGGAAACUGCUCUGGCUGCGUCAACUCCUUCAUCCCCGUCAAUCGAACCUUCGUCGUAGCGGGAGGACGGUUCCGAGAGCCUUAUUACUGGGAUUCCUUCUGGGUUAUCGAAGGCCUUCUUCGUACCCAGGGGUCGUUUACCCAGAUAGCGGAGAACAUCAUCGAGAACUUCUUGGACCUGGUCGAAGACAUUGGCUUCGUGCCAAAUGGCGCUAGACGGUACUACGAGAACCGAUCGCAACCACCACUGCUCACACAAAUGGUCCGCGUCUACGUCGAAUACACCCAAAACUACACGCUUCUUGAGCGCGCCCUGCCUAUCUUGGAGCUGGAAUACGAGUUCUGGGUGAAUAACCGCACCGUGACUCUUGAGAGGGCUGGCAGAAACUACUCGCUCAACCACUACGAAGUUCAGAAUACCCAACCACGACCAGAGUCUUACUACGAAGACUAUGUGACUGCGAACAACGAAACCUACUUCAAUAAGGAAGGCAAGCAGUUCAACGCCACCCAGCCUCUAAACGAGACAGAGAAGGCGACGCUAUACUCAAAUCUCGCCUCCGGAGCAGAAAGCGGCUGGGACUAUUCCGCACGCUGGAUAGCAAAUCCGUCGGACGCUGUCACCGAUACCUUCUUCCCCCUUCGUUCUCUCAACACCAUCGAAAUCAUUCCAGUUGAGCUAAACUCUAUCCUCUACUAUAACGAGAUUACGAUCGCCGAGUUCUAUCGUCGAGAGGGAAACUAUACCGCAGCCCGCAAAUGGGCGGGCCGCGCAAAGAACCGCAGUGAGGCAAUGACGACUUUGCUUUGGAGUGCAGAGCACUACAGCUACUUCGACUACAACCUCACCUCCUCCAGCCAAAACAUCUACACGCUAGCAGAUAACACUAGCACACCCCUCUCGCUCUCCGGAGCUCCGCCAGGCAAGCAAAUUUGGUUCCAGAUUACGCAGUUCUAUCCAUUUUGGACAGGUGCUGCACCCGAUUCCAUCAAGAACGACCCCAAAGCCAUGCGCCGUGUCUUUGCACGUGUGGAAGAACUGCUAGCAAACGGCGACGGCGCGAUCGCAGCAACGAACCUCGCAACGGGACAGCAAUGGGACGAGCCAAAUGUCUGGCCCCCGCUGCAGUAUAUUCUUAUGAAGGGUCUGCUUAACACGCCGCUUGAGGUGAACGAGGAAGACGACGAGGAAACUACAGAAGACUAUGUUUGGACCCAGGACCUCGCGCUCCGCCUCGCACAACGUUACCUUGAUUCUCUGUACUGCACAUGGCGAGUUACUGGUGGCGCGACAGAGGAAGUGCCGCAACUUCCCAAUGCGGAGGGGAAUGGCACAAUCUUCGAGAAAUACAGUGACGCGAGCACGAAUGCAAGGGGUGGAGGGGGCGAGUACGAGGUAGUCGAGGGCUUUGGGUGGUCGAAUGGUGUUCUCAUCUGGGCUGUAGACCAGUUUGGUCAACGGUUGACAACGCCAGAAUGUGGCAAUAUCACAGCAGCGAAUCUGGGUGGCGGCGGUGCUAAAAGGAAGAGGAGUGCAGUAGAACUGUCGAAGCGGGAUGCGAGCUGGAUCAAGAAGACGAAAAGAUCGAGUCAGUGGAAGUACUAAAGCUCACACCUUUUGUGAGGGAGGACGGCAAACUCGGCCAAGGUAGUCCGUCCGUCUUGGUCCUCCACUAUCACCUUCGAC